AUGCAAUACAACCCAGAAGAGUUUCUGGCCCCUGGCUACAAUGUGCCUUUCAUCGCCCCCCACACUAAAUCGCCAACUGAGGUCCCUCCAGAGGACUUCUACCCAUCCAACACCAUGGAGCUGGACUGGGGGUCUGGAGACUACUUGGAGACAAUGUCAUUCCUAAAUCCAGAUGGUGAGGACUACUCUAUGGUCACCAAGUUGCCCUCUGACUCGUACGAUACUGAGGACUAUACAGAAAGUUAUGAUACAUCCUUUCCGUCCAGAGUGGGAAUAUCUCCAUCGUCCUUGAAUCAUCUUCAUGUCUCAACUUCUCUCAGCGUCAUGACAGCAUACAGCACCAUCAAUCCUACUAAAUCCCUCAGUCCUUCUUAUUUUUCAUCUUCAAUUCACUUUACACUCGAACCAACUCCCAGGAUUAACAGUGAUAUACCUGAAGCAUCGGACAUAGAUUGGCCUGAUCCGUUCACGAUUCAGCCGACGGAUGUCCUCCUACCUGACAUGAACAGCUUGGAGUAUUACACCAUUCAGUCGAACAAAGACGACAACGAUUCAGAUGCUAAAGCUGAACAAAGAGGGAACGUAACUGUGGUGUCCAUCAGUGCUACUGAUAUGACACCCACAAACAGCCUCAACAAUAACACCACACCGCCUGAGGAUGAGUCCUCCAGUGAUUCUUCUGGGUUCGAGCCUCAUGACGAAUCAACCACUGAGGAGAGUCCUCAGCUGGUCAACGUCUCUGAGGCUUCUGAGCCUUUUCUGGAUCCUUCGAUUGUCCCAAGCCACUUUUUUGAUCCCACCUCCUCCACCUGGGGAAGUCAGAUGUCCCCAACGUAUCAGUCAGCCCCAACACUGACUGUUGGCCUUGAUAGCAUUGUAUCAACAGAAGCUAUGCUACCCACUGCCACGCCUUUGCUACCAGCCGAUGUAAUGUCAUCUUCCUCUUUGACAGACGUCCAUUGGUUUGUUACAGAAUCAUUCCUACAAAGUACUAUACACACCACUCCUGUCUUAAGUGCAACCAUAGCCUUCUCCCCUCUUCCCAUUGAACCUGCUGCCAACACCACUGAUACAACAACAAAAGACUCAACUCUUACGACUGAAGAAACUCUAAAUAUCACUGUGGUUUCAACUGAGCCCACAUCUAAUGUUUCUGUGGUCCCCCCGGUCGUUUUGAGCGAUCAGGGGGUGACUGAAGAUGGAUUUGACAUCUCAGCCGCAAUGACCUUUAUCCCAACAAGCAGUGGAGCUAAUACAGUUUCUGCUGUGCCCACAACUAAAUCUGCCACCACUACUUCUCAUCAAGACACAACUACAGUUCCUCCCACCACUGAGGCCUCAAGUAGUGUCAACAUCAUCUCUACCACCAGUGAAAAGACCACAACAAUUACAGCUACAACAUCGAGACAAUACCUCUGCAGCCCGGAGAGGCCUUCUUAUUUAGUCAAAAUCGGGUUUCCUUCUGCGGCCACUAUUGGAUAUGCCAAAUCUCAAGUGAGAGACAUACUGAAAGUGGAAUUCAACAAGUCAGUGGAGCUGCAGGUUGUGGAUCCCCCACCAAAGUUUGUGUUUCGGGUGGUAUCUGGUCCGGUUGUAUACACAGCCGUAUCUGUCAUCAAUGCUCUGCGAAGGUCUGGGCGCCGCUUCCUGUCUGUGUCUCCAAACUGGACAACACCAGAUCGUAAAUAUCAGAUCCACACAGUGCUGCAGUUUGUUCCCAGUCACAUUGAUGUGCGCCACUGCAACUUCAGUGAGAGCGUAGAGAAAGGUUUGACCAUGGCCUUCGCAGAAGUACGCCGGCGCUCAAAGGAAUCAACCAACUUCACAGUGCAGAUCGUAAACAUCACCUCGGCUGCUCCUAAGUAUCAGGAUCGACGGCUGGUGAGGCAGCCGGUGGACAUCACCUUCACUGUGCGCGGGUCAAAAGGUUACCUGAUGGGCUCAGAGGUCAGUAACGCUCUGAUGAAGCUCACGAUGGUGGAAUUCAGCUAUUACAUGGCCUUUCCCGUCCUGCAGAUAGCAGAGCCUUUUCAUUAUCCAGAGUUGAACACCAGCCAUCUUCUCCGCUCUUCCUGGAUUAAAACAGUGCUCCUGGGUGUGAUGGACGAGAAAGUGGGUGAGAGGACCUUCCAGGCCAGCAUGGAGCGCAGGGUGGCCAUGUUGCUCGGGGAGGCAAUGGGAUUAGUCAGACGUGUAAAGAGAGCCACCACCGUAGGAAACAGCAGUGUUCAGGUUGUGAGCGCGAGUCGGCUGGUGGGUGCAGACAAUCCGCUGGAGGUUGUGUAUUUUGUGGAGAGUCCUAGUGGUCAGAGGAUGCCUGCAGAUCAGGCAGCAGACCUUCUGAACAGUCUGGACGUUCAACGGGCUGCCAUUGUCUUGGGAUAUCGCGUCCAGGGCAUUUUGGCACAGCCUGUGGAGAAGGUUGCAUCGUCACCCACCGACACUGAGAACACCAACGUGUGGAUCGUCAUCGGGGUGGUAAUUCCCCUCAUCGUGGUCCUCGUCAUCAUUUCCAUCCUGUACUGGAAACUGUGUCGGACAGAUAAGCUGGAGUUCCAGCCAGACGCCAUGACCUCCAUCCAGCAGAGACAGAAGUUGCAGGCCCCGAGCGUGAAAGGUUUCGACUUUGCCAAGCUGCACCUUGGCCAGCAGAGUAAGGAUGAUGUCAUGGUGAUUCAGGAGCCAGUCCCGCCAGGGCUGGGCUCUGGACCGCUGCCCGUGUCCAUUAAAGACGGCCUCAGCCAGUCUGAGAACGGGGAGAUUCCCACUCCGCAGUCCAAAACUUCAGUCUCCUCCACGAAGGCGUCACGCAGCAGCCGAAGGAGAGAACGGAUCUCGCCGUCAGACGGUGACUCUGUGGUUAGUGACCAUUCGAGUGAGCGGGAAUCAAACGAGGAGAACCUGAGAGGCCACGGCACGCCCAACGACAGCAAGCAGACCCGCAAGGUCCCCAUCAAUGUUUUAAAUGGCAAGAAUAGAAUUGGUCCUCCGCCUAUGAAUGGCACAAACAAGCAGCUGUCUUCGGCAUCCAUCUUUGAACAUGUGGAUCGAAUGUCUCGGGCCGCCGAUGCCAGCAGGAGACUCCCGAACAAAAUCCAGCUCAUCGCCAUGCAGCCCAUGCCUGUGCCACCUCUCCACAGCCCCCCCAUCAACGGCAAACUGUCCAACACCAACCAAAUCAACAAAGAGAUCCAGGUAGCACUGAGGCACAAGUCAGAGAUUGAACACCAUCGAAACAAGAUCCGUCUGCGCGCCAAGAGAAAGGGCCACUACGACUUCCCCGCUAUGGAGGAGGUCACAGGCGGGCUGGGAGACACUAAGGACCAGGAUUGCAUCUAUCAGAAAGCACAGACACAGAUCGAUAAGAUCCUGGACCCUGACACUCAGAUGCCUGCCAUCUUCAUGCAGUCCAAAAAAAGUGUUCGCGGAAGGCGCUCCCCCAAAAUGAGGAUGAAGGAGCAGUUGAAUGGCGGCAUGAUGGAGGCAGACAAAGACCACCUCAUCACUGAAGACAAUGAUGCUGCGUACAGGAAGUGUCCUGGAGUCAACAACGUGGCCUACGUCUCUGAUCCUGACCAAGGCCCAGGAUCCCCUCACAGGAGCCCCUCCCCCACCGAUGAUGUCUUCCUCGGCCCUGCGUCCUCUCCUCCAGGCCAUGCCCCUCCCCCAACCCCCUACAUGCCCCCACAGCCCUCCAUCGAGGAGGCGCGGCAGCAGAUGCACUCUCUGCUGGACGAUGCCUUCGCCCUCGUGUCCCCCACCUCUCAGGGCAGCACGGCAGGGAUCACUCUGCCAGGGGUCAACAACAACAACCCGCCCGCCUCCAGCCCUCCUGGACGUAGUCCCCGACCUUGGGGUCCUUCUUACCAAAGUCUCGGCCCCUACACUGGUAGGUUCCCUGAGCUCAGCCUGCCCCCACCGUCUGUCCAAGGCCUGACACCGAGGCAGGGCCUUGGCUCCAGCUACCUGCCACCCGGAGAACCAGCAGGCACAUGUGAGCAGAUCCAGCCGGACAGCCUGUACUCCAGCAGGGGGCUCUACUCUGACGAGCUCUCCUCGUCUGCCAGACCGAGGCCUGUCGGGGGGACUACAGGUGCCCAGCUCCAUCAUCUUGCACAGGUGGGAUUGUCCAGUCGGAUGAACGGUUACCCAGCAGGGCUCCGGGCUGCUCCAGGCCAGAACGGAGGGAUCGGCUGGAACCACUACCACGAUGAACAUUUCUCCAGGAUAGAGCCUGAAAAAGAGGGAUUCCUGGGCUGUCCUGACUACUCGUCCCCCUCUAUCUUCCAGACGCCAAGAAGUGUCAUCAGGGAGCCUUCGGCACCUCCUGCCCACCUGGACACCUCGAGUGUGAGCUAUCUGUCUGCCCCGCCGCCUUUGGAUACAUCUCCUCCCACGCACUCCUCCGCCUCGCUCAUCAAGGCCAUCAGGGAGGAGCUGCUGCGUCUCUCGCAGAAACAGGCAGCUGUGUCCAGCUACCAUGGCUGAGAGCUUCAGCCUCCAGUCUGUAACCAGUCGUACCACUGACCCUGCCUGCCUGCUUCACCCACCUGAGCUCACAAUACUUCCCAUGGAAGUCUCUGAGGCGGUACAGCAGAGAGAAAGAGAGAGAGAGAGAGAGAGAGUCCUGCUGAAGUGAAGUGAAGUGAAGAGGCGGCUAACAAAGAUUUCUACCUGCAGGGGGCGCCCUUGUUAAAAACUGGACAGCUCGUGUUCAGAGAACAGAAUCACAUUACACAGUUAAAUCAAAUCAUAGACAAUGCAAUGGAAAGGAAGACAAUAUGAACAGUAGAUGAUGGACCUUUUAAUGAGACGACGUGAUGUGGCAUGUCUGGAGUCAUUGUGGACCUGGGAGGCCGAGUUCUGGCCACAUUCUGGACUUCUUUGAGAUGCUACCGACUCCAUCAGCCUGAGUCUCUGCGUCAUACUUUCGUUCUCAUGCUGCCUUCCCUCAAAUGAAAUCCCCUCUAAGUCAUAUAGAUAAUCUCCUCUGUUUUUUUUUAACGCUACUGACACUACCACACAGGUAUUUGUUUAUUUUCAUUGCAGACUCUUAACCUCAUUAUCACCAUCAGGUGCUACUUCCUGUUCUCUGCCAUGAUGAGCCAUGCUAUGCCUUGACACUGUGAUGUAGUUCACCUGACUGUGUCUAAUGUACGAGCCCACAGUGAGCUCAUAGGUCAGACGGUAGGCACAGAGGAGCACUUCUAGAGACUAAUAACACUCAUAAACACUACCUAUUCCUUACUGCAGUAGCACAGAGUUAGUCUGAGUUUAAAUCUUUUGACCUCUUUUCCUACAGUAUCGUUUACUUGUUGUUAUUUGUGGACAGCUUGCAUUCACUGUCUUUGUUUUUUAUUAUGCUAAGAAGCUGACAGACUGCUAGCAAGCUUGGGAAAAUGGCCUUGAAAUCAAGUCAAUCGUCAGCAGCAGGAAGUGUUACACCUACAGGCAGAAAUGUGUUACUUGACAUUAUGGAGUGUGUUCUGCUGUACGUUGAUGCACUGUUUGCAGACGACUUUGUACAGCUCAGUUCAAUCAAUAAGAGAUUUCUAACGGACAAAUCAGUGUUAAGAUAAGUCAUGUCAAAGUACUGUUAAUGAAGGAACAUUACAGAAGCCUUAAGCAGAUAAGCAUCAAUACAUUUUAUUUAAAGGAGUAAUAUGUAACUCUGACACCUAGUGUUUAAAAUGGGUACUGCAGUCCAAA